AACAAAACUUCCCUAGAAAAUGGGUAAAAUUCAGAAGCUGUUUCAUGAUUUUUUUUAAAAGAAGAAUAGAAUAACAAAUGCUCCUAAAAUGCAUAAUUUAUCCUCGUGAAACAACGAUCCGUCAUUCCUGUUAUAUUGUCGUUAACAUGUUGAAAUUCUAUCUUGUCCAAUGAUUUAAUCUUUUUACGCAUUAGUUCGCGCUCUAAUCUUGAUUGUAGAUUAGAUGUACAGGAUAUUAGCACAAGGGGGGUUGUAUUUUAUGUUUGGGGGCUGUUUGGUUACAUGUACACAAUAUAGUGCUGCUAACUUCGUAAUGUAUUUUCUGUUUGAACAAAAAACUUUAAUAAAGAAACUACAUUCUGGUAGCUCGCUAUUUCAUUAACCGUCCGUUCAUGUUUGCGAUUAUUAUUUCGUGCGAUUAUUUUGAAAGAUUAUUAUUCUUUUUGUUUUGUAUGCUGAUAUUCCGUGUAAUAACAGUUUUGACAGUUCGUGUGCAUGAUGCACAGUGUUCGGCACGGUAAGAAAUCAUGCCAUAACAGUAGCAAAGGAAAAGUUUUUACCAUCAAACGAAGCAUAUUUCUUAUAACAAAUGAAGGAAAGUUGCAUUUGUUCAUAAAGUUUAUAUCAACGUACAUUCGUGUGAUGCUAAAAUCACAGUAGAAACACAAUAGAAACAAUUAGAAAAAGGCGCGCAGUUUUAACUAUCGAACUCGGAUAGUAUAAACGCGCACGGUUAUCUCACUUCCCCUCCACCGUAUCCCCUAACCGUUACGCUGGUAUGCGUGUGUGUGGUGUACGAGGUUGGAUUCAGAGUAAUCACGACACUGCAGACAGAAGUAUUUUAAAGCGGGCGAAUGGAGAAGAACGCCUGAAAUAUGUGAAAAUUUCAGCUUAAAGUUGUCCAUAGCAAGCCGUGCUAGUGGACUGGCAGAUUCGUGUGUUACGAGAUCAGCGCUGCAACGUACGGGCAUAGAAGACAUAAGCAAAGCGAAACGAAACACGGCUUAUCCGCGUAUACGUAUAUACGUGUACGUGUGCGAUAUAUAUAGACACACAACGACAAGCGUAUCUUCUUCAGUCACCAUCUUGGAUUCAGGCUACCAGUGUUAGGAGCUGCCUAGCCCGACCGGAACACCCAGCUCACCGUUUCUUGUGUUGUUUUCCCCAAAAACCCGCAUCUCUUCCCCCAGGCACAUUCAUAAUAUGGCUGUGUUUCUGAUAAAUGUAUGCAAGUUCAACGGUUGUGAGAAGAUUUUCCCAAGCUUGACUGAUUUAAUACACCACAUAGAGAACACCCAUAUAGAUGACUCCCAGGCGCCUGAGGUAACGGAAAAGACACAGCCAACAUGUCUUCCACUCAGCUACGUUCUGCGCUUCGUAACUGAUAACACCCGCCGGGAUGGUGUUGCCGCACCAGUGGCCGUCUCCUCCAAUGGCACAGAUAGAAAUAAUCCCACCCUGGCCAACAGUACUGGGCUGCGUUUGACCAACGCAGCCGCCUCAAUCAACCAAACGUCAGACCACGGGCAUGGUACUGCGGCAACCAAUUCCAGCACCAUUGCCAACGGUGGCAACAGUGGCGGUAGCAUUGUUGCGACCGCCACCACGAACGGAUGCACCGCCGACCAAAACGGUACGGUACCGUCCGGUGGUAAUGGUAGCUACAGUGGUGGACCGGAGUCGAUCAAAAAUCAACUCAACCAACAAACGGUUGGCUCAACCGAUCUCAAGCGCAAAAUUGCCAUCAAACAUCACAGCUACAGCAUAUCGGCAUCGAACCGUAGCACAACGCCAACAGGAAGCGAAAUGGAUGACGAUGAGAUGAUGGUGUCCGAAUCCGAGGACAGCAACGAUUCCUGGACAACGGAGGAGUUCAGCUCAGAGUUUAUCAUGCGCUACGGAAGCCGACGCCAUUCUGCAUCCGGGGGUGGUGGUGGUAUUAAUACUUCGAACGAAAAACCGUUCGCCUGUCCGGUGCCGGGCUGCAAAAAGCGCUACAAAAAUGUCAACGGCAUCAAGUACCAUUCGAAGAAUGGUCACAAAAAAGACGGAAAUCGGGUCCGUAAAGCCUUUAAGUGUUACUGUGGAAAGAGCUACAAAACGGCACAGCGGUUGAAGAAUCACAACAUGCUGGUACAUGCAGCGACCCGGAAUGGGUCCCCGGUCGAUGGGACGAAUCUGGCCGCGGUACCGCUUACCUCGCCGGCCCUUCCGUCUGCCACAUUGAUCUCGACCCCGGUCAAAUCUCCUCCGCUGAGCAACGGUAGCAUCAGCCCGACGAUUAGCAUCACCGCUAGCCCCUCGCUGACCGCUAGCACCGGUGCUGUCAUACCAUCUAGUCAAAUCGGUACAAACGCAACCAAUACUAACGCUACGUGUACUAGUCCAUCCACAGUUACUAUAACGCAGGUAACCCACAAGGUGCCGCGUGCGUUCGUACUGUCGGCUAACAGUGCCACCGCAACCACACCGAUGCCGGUCAGUGCGGCUGCGACGGUCGUUACCGCUACCGCGGUCGCUGCCUCACCCGUCACAACCGCCAACGUAUUUCCCGUGUCGUCCCCCGCCAGUGCGAAUAUUUCGGCCAGCGUGUCAGCGAUCUCGGCCGUAUCGCCGAUCUCGUCCAAUACCGUCUCGUCCGGUAUUAGUACGGCCGUGUCGCCGAUCUCGUCUAGCACCAUCUCGAUCGUGUCGCCGAUCUCGUCUAGUAGCAUCUCGGCCGGUGUGUCGCCGGUAAACAUUAAGUACGACAAUCUCGGCAUCCUAACGCCAGCCACAUCGCCGAAACUGAUCGCCGCAAACCUCUGCCAGGAGGUAAAUCCACCACUGCAGCUACAGUCAACUGCCGGUACCGGUAUUGGUGUUGGUGGUGGCAACGGAACAGCCGGUACCACCACCGUUCUCGGUGGUUUGUCACUAAAAACCGUCAACGGUAAUGUUACCGUACGAAGUGGCGGUAAUGGUACCGCAGGUAGUGGCGGCGGCGGCGGCGGUGGUGGUGGUGGUAAUCCUACCAGUGAGCUGGUUAACACCGGCGGUGGUAACGUUGGGAUUGCCCUGGUCGUAUCAUCCUCCAACGUUGGGAUGGAGACGAAGCUAAACGCUACCGGUUGUAAUAAUAAGAACGCAGUGCUCUCGGCGUCGGUCACGGCUGGCCAACAAUACGCCGAAGAGACGUAGCCGAUACUUAAGAAUUUACUGUUGCGAAAGUAUUGACUGGCUAGAAGGGUACCUGUUCUACUAGUUUUUAACCUUUAAAAAAAAUACCGCACAGCUGCUGAUACUUCCACAUAUUUAAUAACACAAAACACAACAAGAGGAAACAACAAACAUAAAGCGGGAAGAACCACCCGGGGCAUAGAAAGCAGCACGCAAAAACCCAUCUAAUGAGCGUAGCGCAUAGUUUUAGGGCACAUAUUAGAAUGUUUGCUCGCUUUGCAAACAAACCCGUACGCGGAACGCGUCGUUUUGCGGAGAAGCACCAAAACGAAACGAACUAAAUGUGGAAGCUAAACGAUUUAUUUUACAUGUGCUGCUGGGAUACAUAUUUCAUUUUGAUAUAGUUUUUUUAACAGCUCACCUUUCCCGGUCUGUCUGAAAGACGUUGAAAAAUUAGUUCGUUCGAAUGUAUUUAGAUUUUUAUUAUUAUUUUAAACUUUUGUUUUUGUUUAUUAACAAUCAAGCAAACAUCGCUGACCAUAAUUUUGGGUGAAGCAAAUCAGUAGAGAUCAACCUUCGUUCCAUUUACAUUUUUUUUUUCACUUUCCCUAUAAAAGAAGAGGGAAAACAUAUACCAAAAGAAAACAAAAAAACAACUAAAAGAGAAUGUCGUCUGCAUAUUAUUUAAGUUUCAUACAAUAUUUAAAAAAGCCUCUACAAAGAUAUUAAUGAAGUGGACGCGAUUUAAAAGGAAAAAAAGUAGUUUAUAUGUUUUGUUUGUUUUUCAUAAGCAUUCAGGUCCUAAUUAGGUGAUAUUGCGGCGCCCCCCCAGGUUGCGUCGCACGCGUUCCGUUAGAAAGAUUCCUUUAAAGCGUAGUCAAGCCGUUUGAGGGUAAAUUAACUGAAACUAUAACCUCUUAUUCUUAUUAUUAUUAUUAUUUUUUGCGGCUAGUAAGAAACACUUUAAGUGUCGAUUUAUUUAUUUAUCUUUUCUCGUUUCUUUUUUUUGUUGUUGUCACAACCCACGCGGGUGUGCAUCAGUCAGAUGCAGCUAAGUAGCAAAAAGGUGUGGGUGGCACCUCGUAUACCACCCAUCAGCCCACCAUACCAACAUCACAUUACCUAGGCUAGUGCGGAAGAACAAGGUGAAAACAAGCUGUUUUUAAGGGAGGAAUAGCAGAAGCGCGCGUGCGCCCCGCGACCAUGGUGUGAAUGGAAGGUGGUCGAUUUAUUUUUCUUAUACUUUAUAACUUCAGCUGUUUUAAUUGUUGGCAGUGAUUUCUUUUUUUUUAGUAUAAAAUCUGUUUGUCGAAAUUAUUACAUUUUUUUUUGCUUUUACUUCUGACACUGAUGUGUAAUAUAUAUAUAUGCACAUGUAAAUUGGUUUUACGUUACUGUUUCACAACGCGUGCAAUAGCAAGUGGUUACCGGUUUUUUUGUUGUUGGAUUGUGUCCCAGAUACAUGCCCCAAAAAUCCCCAAACCAUGCAAAAUGAAAAUGAAACAUUAGCUCCACGUGGUUUAGUAGCACCGUUUCCUUAUAUUUUUGUUUUUCAUUUCUCGCCCCCCCUUAUAUGUAUGCUUAAGUUAUGAAAAUAUUUACAACUAUAUAUUGUUGAUGGAUAAGGAGAGUGUGUAUAGUAGUGUAUUUGCAAAAAAAAAGGUAAAGUAGUCACGGUACGGUAGAAGAAGGUGACACCCAGGUGGGGAAGCGAUAUAAAACAGUUAGCCAAGAAAGUGUGAGGAUUGGUGGGAGGGGAAUUACAUAUUAAAUUAAAUUAAACCAAUUACACACCCCUUUAUUCCCCCUACCCACCAAUGCUGAAAAAGGGGGUGAAAAUUCCUUCUCACUUUCUAUAAUGUAAGCAUCAUAACUUAGGUAAGAGAGAGGGCGAGAGAUAUUGAGUGUGAGGAGAGGUUUACAAACGGAUCUCAGAAUGAUUGUUUUUUUUUGUUUUUCGUCGUUUAAAUCUUCUGAUUAUGUGAGCUUCCUAUAUGCACCAAAACUCAUCUUAACAGUAGUUAUGUUAGCUUUCGCGUCAAGAGUUCUGCGUUGAGUCCGUCAGGUUAUAAAGGUGCAUGUCCUGUAUAGCUAUAACGAAACCCGUCUCUAAAAACCCACGCACGCACUGUAUUGUUCCUGUUAGCGCGCUUCUGUUCUGCAUUGGCUCUAUCUAUCGUUCGGGCUGAUAAUAAGGGUCUGUCUGGCCGUCCUUUACAGGCAAUGCCUCUUAUAAAGCUGUGACUUGAUUUAUUUUCCUAUAGCCUAUAUAGUCUAUCAUUGGCCUGGUUGUGUUAAGUCGUGGCGUCUACCGACUAGACUAAACUUUUCAUUUCGCUAACAAUGCUUACACACACACUAACGCAAUUCGUUCGAGCUACCUAACCUAACAGGGAGGGCCGGAAAAAAGGACACACGAUUACGUCACUUAGCGGAAGUGAUCUUUUCAUCCCUUUUAUCCAAGGUUUCUCUUUUGUUUUCAAAAAAAAAAAAAUUAACCAAAUUAACCGCCAUCAAGAGACUAUUUGAAAUGGUUUACAUUUGCUGUGAUUUCUUUUUUUCCCUCUCAUUUGCUUUUCAUCUUUACAUCAUCUUAUAAAUAUAAUUACAUGCACACUUAUACAUAAUUUAACAAGUUUUUCCCCCCCUUUCAAACACGCGAGUUUAGUUUGAAACAGUCGAGAACGUUGCAAAAAAAAUCAUUUAAACAGAAUAAUAUUGUUUUGCUGUAUGUAUCUUCCCUGCUUCCCGUGUACUGUUCAGUAAAAAAACAAACAAACAAGAAAACUAAACGAAAAACAAGCCAUAAUUAAUCAUAGCAAAUCGCCCAUAAAUGUUUAAGUAAUGGGGAUGUGGAAAACAGAAAGGAUAUACAUAAGCGGUACGCUUUUGCAGUUCAGUAGGCUUAUUAGGGGCACAUUUUAUCUGUCGAUUGAGCACUCACACAAAUCGAGCAAGAUUAGUUUUUAGCAAAUGGAGCAAAGCGUUUUUAGUUUUAGUUUUUUUUUUAGCAAUGUAUAGUAAACCCAUCAUGCCUCAUUCUUCCUUUUUUUCCUUUUACUUAAAAACAUCUAUAAAAAAUGGAACAAAAAUAAGACUUAAAACCAGAAAUUUAAACCACGGGGCAAAACACACUCCGCCGGGGGGGAGGCUAGUGUGCAUCGACAUAAUAUACGCUUGCAAAACAAAAAGUAUGCGGGUUCGUGUUCUUGCGCGUAUUUAAGUCACACAGCGAUCACUAUCCUAAUUUGGCAGAAAAAAGGACAUACACUAUAUUAUAGCAAAGCAUACAAAAACUCGCAGGAAAAGAUAAGCUUUUAUUCUUCGAGAGUGCGGGUGUGUGUGUGUUACAAUGCAAACAAGGACAUCUGCUCCCCGGGUGUGUGUGUGUGUGAGAGUAGGGUGAAGAAAACAUGUGAAUACAUCCCCACAAAACAAACCAAAACCAAACCAGUAUAUAUACAUUGGGUUUAUUUGCUUUAAUCCGCUACUGUUGUACGUCCGUGUAAAAAAAAAACAAGUGGCACGCCAAUCGUGUUUGUUUUUCCCUUUCGUAUUUUGUGUCGUCCGUGUGGUUCGUGUGUGAGUCGUCGUGUGUUAAUUCGAAACACUAGCGAUAUAUCAAAACCAAUUCGUGUUAGGUCAGCAAAGUGAGAGCAUAAUUCUGUUCGAUUCGAAACACACCUACGCGCAUUAGUAUUGUUGCGUAAACAUGUGUUUCUGGCAUUAUUAUUAUUAUUUCCGGAUUGUUUGGAUUGAGAAGCGGUUAGGAGAGGGGCAGUGUAUGUAGAGAAACGGGGGGGAGGGCAGGGUUAAGACCGUUGAAGUAAAUCUAUUUUAAUGUGCGAUAUUCUCGCACACGGUAAUAUAUAUUUAAACAAAAAAAGCAAAAAACAACAAGCCACACACUCGUACACACAUGUGAAUUAAGAUAUUUAAAACAUAAAGAAAAAGAUCACACGCAACAACAACAAAAAAAAGCCCAGAAAAAAAUGUGCAUUGUGCAACACAAUAACAAGCAAAAAAAAAAUGAACAUGCAUUAAACAUUAAGACUAUAAUCACUCAUACCACUUACUUGUCUAUAGCUAGUCAAAAUUUUUAAAUAUAAUAUUUAUGUUUUUUUUUAUUAUUAGAUAAAUAUGAAGCAAAAAAACAAGGAAUUAACGGCGCAUUUAUCUUUGUCGAUACAAAAAAAAUGAUACUUGCACACGAAAACUCCGCGCUCAGCCUGUUGUAAAAUCUACAUGAUUAGUGAAAUAAAACAGAAAAAUCGAUUAAAAAAAAGAACACAAA